AUGGACGCCAUGGCCGCGCUUGCGAGAACGAGCCCUACCCUCGCCGCCACGGGCCGCCGGAGCUCCGCGCGGCUCCGUCCGUAUGCGUCCCUCUCCUUCGCCGCCGCUUCCUCGAGGCCCCGCGGCCGCGUUGCGCUGAGCACGCCGGAGUGGAGCGGGAGAGCGACCAGGGUAGCUCGCGUCAGCCCCCGCCGCAUCGUCGCGUCCUCGGAUGUUGAGCAGAGCUACAUUAUGAUCAAACCUGACGGCGUUCAACGUGGUCUGGUUGGAGAGAUUAUUUCUCGGUUCGAGAAAAAGGGCUUUUUGCUGAAGGGACUAAAGCUUUUCCAGUGCCCCAAGGAGUUGGCUCAGGAACACUACAAGGAUCUGAAGGAAAGACCUUUCUUUCCGAAGCUGAUCGACUACAUAACUUCUGGUCCUGUCAUUUGCAUGGCUUGGGAGGGUGAUGGUGUUGUUGCAUCCGCUCGCAAAUUGAUAGGAGCCACUAACCCCCUUCAAGCUGAACCAGGGACCAUAAGGGGUGAUCUUGCAGUUCAAACUGGAAGGAAUGUUGUCCACGGAAGUGACAGUCCUGAUAAUGGCAAGCGUGAAAUUGCUCUAUGGUUCAAAGAAGGCGAGCUUGCUCAAUGGGAAUCAGUUCAAACACCCUGGCUUAUAGAGUGA